UUCAAAAAGGGGGAGAAAGGAAAACAAGGUGCAAAUCCUCUGGGGGUAUAAAAACGAUGAGCUGCAGCCUAAACAUUACUGAUCAUACUUGUUCUUGCCUGGCAAAGCAGCGAGCUGUUGUUAGCUGUCAGCACAAUGUCACACAGUGGAACACAAGGCGGCAUUGGGAGCCACUCUGCAUCCGGCCUGCGCAGUAACAGGAUCAUCAUCUACGAACAUGAAAACUUCCAGGGGCGAUGGGUGGAUAUUAACGGCGAGUGCAGGAACAUCUGUGACCGAGGCUUCGACCGCGUGGGGUCCAUCCGUGUCGAGUGUGGACCGUGGGUGGGCUACGAGCAGCAGAACUUCUGCGGGGAGAUGUUCAUGCUGGAGAAGGGGGAAUACCCUCGCUGGGACUCCUGGUCGAACAGUUACCGCACUGACUGCAUGAUGUCCUUCCGGCCCGUGAAGAUGGACGGGCAGGAUCACAAGAUCUGUCUUCAUGAGUGCGCCAACUUUGAUGGAAGGAAAAUGGAGAUCUGUGAUGAGGACAUCCCCAGUUUAUGGGCCUACGGUUUCCAGGACAGAGUGGCAAGCAUCAAGGUCAACGGUGGAACAUGGGUGGGUUAUGAAUACCCAGGGUAUCGAGGCUACCAGUACGUGCUGGAAUGUGGACCUUACAAGCACUGGAACGAGUGGGGCGCCAAACAGCCCCUGAUACAAUCCAUACGCCGUGUGAAAGACCAGCAGUGGUACAAGAGGGGCUGCUUCGAGUUCACUCACUAAAGUGAGCCAAGCUUCCCAACAACCAUGGGAAUGAUUUUCAUCAACGCAAGUUCAAAAUCAUUUUCAGCCCAAACCUACCAUCACAAGUACUGUUAUACAUCCGCCAAUUCCCACUUUUAAAAUUAUAGUCAUUUUAUUGUCCUUGAUUGUCACGAUUUUCUUUAUUCUGACUACCGCCUUCAUUGGACA